UCUAGUUCCUUUGAUGUUUGAACUUUGAAGACCAAAACUUAGAAGGAAGAAAAAAAGAAAAUGCUUCUUCAAACGACAAUCUCAGCUCGGCCUUUAUAUCAUCGGAAGCAUGCGUGCUUCUCAAUAACGCAGCAGCACCUUCAUCAUUAUUACUCGUUCCUCACAUCUGGGUCUCUCAACUUCACCCGCAAAAACCUCUUUUCCCAGGCCAUUGUUAGGUGCUAUCGUCAACCAGCUCUGAAAAACUCAGGGGCAGGCAAUGGAGUGAAUGACACUAAACUUCUCAACCUACAGAUGUUUCAAAAGGGAAUGUCAGCAAAAUCUUUUACCUCUACACGCUUUGAUGAAUCCUUGAAGAACCAUCUGGCUAUGGUUGAUGACUUAAAUGUGAAGAAGUCAUUAGUUAUGGUGCCUGCUUUCCUCUUUGGUCAAGCAUUGUGGUUGAUUUCUGCACAAUUAGCAAAUGCAAGUGAAAUUACUAACGGAGAUUCUGUCUACGAGAUUGGAGAGUUGUUUGAGUUAGGAAUCCAGCUAUCUUAUCUGCUUUUACUACUAGGUUUCCUUGGAGUCGGAACCUUCUUUGUAAUCCGUCAAGUACUUGUACGUAGAGAACUUGACCUUUCUGCUAAAGAAUUGCAGGAACAAGUCAGAAGUGGAGAUGCCAGUGCAACUGAGCUUUUUGAGCUAGGUGCCGUUAUGCUGAGAAGGAAAUUUUACCCAGCUGCGAAUAAAUUUUUGCGUCAGGCAAUAGAAAAAUGGGAUGGAGAUGAUCAAGAUCUUGCCCAGGUCUACAAUGCUCUUGGUGUCAGUUACGUCCGGGACGGGAAGCUCGAGAAAGGAAUCAGUCAAUUCGAAACUGCUGUGAAGCUUCAACCAGGAUAUGUCACUGCAUGGAACAAUCUUGGCGACGCAUAUGAGAAGAAAAAAGACUAUAAGCCUGCAUUGAAAGCAUUUGAGGAAGUGUUGCUUUUUGAUCCUAAUAAUAGGAUAGCACGUCCGAGGCGAGACGCGUUGAAGGAUCGUGUUGAAAUGUACAAAGGAGUUCCUAUCAAAUCAAAAGACAGAUGAGUUUUGCACAUUUUUGGAUCUGAAUUUUGGACCAUCUGGUUGUUCAAACAAUUCAACACCCAGAAAAAUAAAUUAUGUCGGUU